AAAUGCACGGCUGAAAGGAAAGGGUGCAGGCGGGAACUCGAUUCUUGGCGGCACAAAUUGAUACAGUGCGUCGGAAUUGAAAGCAUUCUGGAGGGAAUCUAUGGCCCAAUGCUACUUAGAGACCUCAAUUUAUUUGAUGAACUGGCCAUGUAAAAAAUGGACCCAACCUAUUUCCAUGGCAACACAACCCAUUGAAAUUGGCUUAUGACUGUAGUCAUAAGAUGAAGACUGAGCUGCAUUGAUGAGAUAAGCUGAGAAAACAACUGUGAACCCGAAGAGGUGGAUGACUGGUCGCCAGAACUGAGCUGCUCACACUGUUCAUUCUGUAACCUUCCCCUGGAUAAACAAAGUGACCAAGUGCCUAUAGCCACAUCACCCCUUUCGUCCUCUUCAGAUUACUCUCCCUGUCAGGCACCAACCGUCACUGAGAGCAGCCAGUUAGCACACAGGUUCCUCCAAGCUGUGUUCAACAAGAAAGAUGUGUCCUUAGGAAAUGAUGCAAACAUCCCUCUGGUUGCCCAGGAACUUAUGAAAAAGAUGAUACAUCAGUUUGCCAAGGAGUACGCCUCCAAGCACAUACCCCACACCACUACAAAUGGUGUUCACACAAGGACCUCGUCACGUUUGUCUGACAUGUCAGAUGCUCCUCUGGACCUUACAGUGAGCCGAAUCCAAGACGCGGAAGACAAAGAACCUCAGUCAGAUGGUGUACUCGACCUCUCCAACAGGAACUCUUCCUGUCCAGCGGCAUCAUCAUCUAAUCACAGCACCUCAGGCUUCCCGCAGUCACGAUUAACAGAAGAACUGGGAGCUCCAGAACGGAAGAGGACAAAAUGUUGUCGAAACACUGCUUUGGAUGCUGUUCUCAGCUCACUUUGCCCAGCGCACCGUUCUCUACUCUGCCAAAUCCUUAAGCUGGCACACCAGGAAAAACUGCUUUCUGUGUCUCAUCACAGAGCCGUGGGUCAAACUGAAUCUCACUGCUUUCAUUGUGGUGUAAACUCACAGGAUGUUGUUCCCCCUCAUCUAAGCACUUUCUGUGACUGUAAUGCUGAAAACAGCAGCCCAUAUUACCCUGUGAUUGAUCAUCAUGGUCACAACACCAUAAUGUACCAUCCAGGAGACUCCAAGUCCAAAUGUCAGAUCCAUCACUACCCUUUAAAUGAGUGUAGAAGGGAAACUCCUCAUGACUCAAACUGUUGCUGUAUCCAGAGGUGCAAAGUAGAAAGCUGCCCAAUUAUUUGCUCCAAGAGGCUCAACUGCAUUUCCUGCCAAACCUUGUCUGCAAGUCAGAUCAAGAAUGUCAUGUGUUCAUUUGCGCCCUCUCCUCCGUUAUCCGAAUGUGCUUCAGUACACUCUUCCUCCUCUGCCUUGUGCCCCUGCUCACUGAUCAGUGUUAACAAACAUAACCACUACUCAUUUUCAUCUUGUUCAAACCAUGCCUGCCUGAGCCAGGUAAGGGGCACAGCAGAAAACGGGAAAGGAGAAAUGGAUCCUUUUUGCCCUGUCUUAAAGAGGGAGCUGAGCCCUUCUCCUCCUCCUCUUUCUCCUAUACCUUCAGACAUCAGCAGUAAAGCUGAUGAAAUGCCACCCUCACUGUACCAUCGUAGACAAGGGGAGGGAGCUGAUGUGCACAUUCAAGAUAGUGUCAUAAAAGGAAGUCAUCAGAAAGUGGAAUUGGACACAGUCACAGAGGAGAUGAAGAAGUGUCGGCCUUCAGAAAACGGCCAAGAGGAGCAGAACAAUAGUGGAAGUUUACUACAGGAUGUUGUAAAUCGCUUCAGCGAGAAACUGGAGACAAUUAAACCACUGGAGAAAGACCCACCUCUGACCUCCCCGGCAAUUUUCAUCGCUGAAAAGGAGCAACCUCAGUCUCUGUCAAACAGUCACACUCUGCCAUUUCAUGCUGAUGCCAACCUGACCAAAAUAAUUACCACAGUGCUACAUACAGGCAACGAUAGCGACUACAAUCUCAGUGAGCUGUUCCAUCGCCACAACAGUAAAGAACCCAAGUCACCUAACACUCGGGCCCGCCGUCGGCAGGAGGUCCUUGCAGCCAUGGCAACACCUGUUGACAAUGCGUCAGUGCGAAGGCAUAAUUUACAGGUUAAACGGGAGUUUGCUGUGCUUGACCAGUCAAACAGUUGGAGAAAGGUUCCUCCAUUAAAGAGGGCGAGAAUGAAAACUGGAAAUGUUCGUGCGCCAAUUUCAAGCACUUCAUCAGAUGACAACCUCAUUAAACAGGCAGCUAAAAAACAGACAGUCAGUUUAGAAUCUUCAGAGCGUGAAAGAUUUUGCGAGAGACCAGUGAAUAUGCUCUCCUCGGGAAAUAACAGUGAUAAGGUAAAGAAAGAACUACAAGUAGUCAUAGUUAAAGAAGAAGUUUCAAAAAUGACAUCCAAGGGGAGAAAUUGGGAAAUGGUUCAUGAGGGAAAAGACAACCUUCCUUCAGGUUCUAAAAUGCAUAACCCUGACCUUCAAAGCAAAUUGUGCAACCCAGGUUCAAAUUAUGAGGAUGAGCAGAACAGAAGCAGUAAAAAUCCAGAGGAAACAAAACACAGAUCUGAUGGUGGCAGAUUCCGUACAGGAAAUCACAACCACAGUUGUGUUGGUGAGAGUCAGAAAAUCACUCCUCACUGCCAAACAGACCACUCCACAGAGUCAAGGAGAUCCAGAAGAAAUAUUGUUCCUCCACAGCGGUUCUCUUCCUAUGUCACAGAGCCGCGGAAGAUGUACUUUGCUGCAUGUUUCUCUGAAAGCAUCUUCAUCCAGCAGACACAAAAGGAAAAUGAUUCAGCAUCAAGCAAUUUCAAUGUUUUCUCCAAAAAUUCAGAUGUUACCACUCAGGAUGAUUCAAGAAUAGAACCCCCUUUGUCCUUGCCUGAACACAAAGGAGAGUUUACUGAAUCAACAUGUAGGGGCCAUUCUGAAAUAGCUUGCAAAGACUCUACAGAUGAAAGUAAGGGUUCCCCCCAAACUGUUGAUACCAGUGUGAAGAGUCCUAAAAAGAAAAAGCACACUUACAAUGGGACACACGGCAGUGAUGGUACUUCAAAGCGAUAUGGAAGGUUACGCUCAUCUCUGAAUAAACUACAGGACGAAGAAAAGACCACAAACUCCACAGUAUUGGAUAUCACAAUCUCUAGCAAGUCUGCCACCUCUACUGAGGACCCUCCCAUGGCCCCGGUCCAGUAUAAAAGCCCAAUUAAACUCAUGUUUGUAUCACCGGUAAUAGAUAAGGCUGGUGUUAGGUACAGUCUGAAAACAGCAGGCUCUGAUUCAAGUACACAAACAGAGCCAUUUGAUCCAUGUGAAGAGUCUUCGUGGAUGGGGACACCUGAAAAGAUCAAAGUCCAAAGCACAAAGUGUGAAAAACUUCGAGUAAGAUCUACUUCUUCACUGAAGUCUAAUACCUCACCUGCCUCUUCACCACGCAAAAACGCCAGUUCCCCAACCAAAUCUGCUUCUUCACCAUGCAAAAACACCAGUUCCCCACCCAAAUCUGCCUCUUCACCAUGCAAAAAUGCCAGUUCCCCAACCAAAUCUGCUUCUUCACCUUGCAAAAGUGCCAGUCCCCCAACCAAAUCUGCUUCUUCACCAUGCAAAAACACCAGUUCCCCACCCAAAUCUGCCUCUUCACCUUGCAAAAGUGCCAGUCCCCCAAACCAAAUCUGCUUCUUCACCAUGCAAAAACAAUGGUUCCCCAACCAAAUCUGCCCUCCUUCACCACACAAAAAUACUGGUUCCCCCACCCAAAUCCUGCCUUUUCACCACGCAAAAAAUGCUGGUUCCCCACCUAAAUCUGCCUCUUCACCACGCAAAAAUGCCGGUUCCCCACUCAAAUCUGCUUCUUCACCCAAAUCUGCCACUUCACCAUGCCAGCCUGUUGCUUCAACUCCCAAACAAGCCCCUUCACAAUACAAAACUACUACAUCUCCACGCAGGCCUGUUGCUUCACCACCCAAAAGUGGUGCUUCAUUAUGCAGCUCAACUUCCACAUCACCAAAUUGAGUCCCAGAACAUUAGGAGAAGGUAGUCCAAACAAGCAUGUGGCUGGAAAUGAGAGCCAGAGAUUUCUAGGUGAUAUAACUUCCUUUAAUGAAACCACUCCUCUAAAAAGGCGCCCGGGUCGCCAAGAAGCUAGGGCCGCAACUGGAGAAGAAAACUAAGAGACCAAUUGGUCGACCACGUAAGGCAGGUGGCUUCAGAUCCAGUAAAGGGAACAGUUACAGGAAACAAAAUUCUAUUUUAGUGUCUGACAGUCAGGAGAAUGCAAACAAGAAUCUCAAAAUAACAGUCACAUACGGACGCUCAAGGAGAAACAAAACGAAUGGUAUGCGAGUGCUUUGACCAGCUGCAAACAGAAUUCCAUGACGCUUGCAAAGCAGCAAACCAAAAUGGUGACUUGCACAUUUUAACGCGGAAUUCUCAAACCAGUUUAGGUAAAAUCUGUUCUCCUUCAUCAGCUGUUCACAAUUGACUUUGGUCAGACCUGUAAAGGAAUGCCCUCAUUCUAGCAACAUUAAAUGCCAGAAGCAAAAUGGUGCCCUACCUUCAAGGAAACCGGGGAGACCUGCAAAAGUUAAAAUCUCUGGAAUCUCGGUCACAAUAACCACUGUAAUCACCUCGGCAACGUAAAAUUCAGUUAAGCAAGAUACCAGACAGUCUCCAAAAAAACUCAAUCAAAGGAAAGCACUCCUGCCGCUUUUCAAACUGGCCAAAGAGCUGGAGACAAUCAGUAGUCAGUCAACCAGCAAACUGCAGUCAAACGAAGGGUGAGAUGGAUGAAAAGGAGGAAAGCAAAGACAAAUUACCCGAGCAGCCAUGGCAGUGCGUCAAUCCAUGCGAGUGCGGAAGCCCUCGAUCUACCUGCUUCAUGCCGUUGCUACCGUCGAGACCAUACAGCCGUAGCACAGCUCUGCUACGACGCUCUAAGCAGCUUUUGCUGAACAAGGCCAGCCAUGAGAAGGAAAACAAGAGACCCAGAGCAAUGCAGGAGAAUCUAAGAAGAAAAUACAGCUCUGUGGUCAACAGACAAAGCAUGUCUCUCAGGACCUGAGCCAAGUGGCAGGGGUAUUUUUGGACUCUAUCUUUGACCCAAAGGAAACACUAAGGUGGUGGGCAGUCUCAGCAGAGGAAAACACCUUGAACCAGGAGCUUGCCAGGCGAAUAAGACUCAUCUCAGACACUUGGGUAUCAGACAGCAUGAACAGCCAGGACAAAUUAGCCUUUAAUUCUAGAUUAGACAUUGAAGACAACAAUAUACUUACUCCGAAAUCAAAACAUUCCUCUGCAGUUCGAAUGCUGUUCGAUUGCCCCCCUGAUAGGCCGAGGUCCUGCAGCAUGCAGCAGCUCUGCUCCUGGUUUAUGCAAACCACAGAGACACAGUCUCUGAGUAUUGUCAAGAAGGCAAGCUCCCGAAAUUCCUAUGAACUUAUGCAUUUCCCUCGUUCGACAAGCAAGAAAAGUGUCUGUCAUAGUCCUCAGGCAGAGCGACUCCGCAAACAUAUGAAGAAAUUUGCUAAAACUGUGCCAAAAAGCCCAAUCCAGCAUAAAGUGUCUCAAAUAAAGUUGAGGAAAAAGAAUAUGGUACUGUCGAGGAACGUUAAGCGACAGCUUUUCACAACCAGGAAUUCACAAGGCAGGCUCAGGGAUGGAGCACACUGGAAGAAAAGCAGAGUGCUCGGUAAAUAUCGCACCACUGUAUUCAGGGCUAGGACGAGGUUCCUAACCCGGAAAGAAAGGGGGAGGCUGGAAAAGAGGUGGAGGAACAGUGAGAAAGCUCAAAAUAGUUUGACUGGGCUACAGCAAAUCCUAAAGCAUUAAGUCAGUCGGGUAAAGAUCCCUUACCUGACUGUUUGAAGAGCAGUUCAACUGCCACUUUCAGCCAAACUCAGGAGCCCGUGGAUGUUUCCAAAGAGCAGAAACUCUGCUCCAAAGCCUGGAGUCCUGAGACACUGAAGGAAUGCCGAGUGUUUCUGAGGAAGAUCAACUCUCCAGCAAACGAGCCAACUGAGGAAGAGUGGGACUCCUGUACUGUGACACUGGAUAAUGGGUCGCCUUCUGCGUACGUGUUUGCAAGAAGGGAGAGAGCACUGGUAGGGCUCGAUAAAACUGUGAAAUCUGAACAGAAAAGGACCAUGAAUAGAAGUAUGAAGCUGAGAAAAACUGGCAGGUUUGGACCUAAAGCAGCCCAGGAGCAGGAUAAGACGCGACGAGGCAAAUGUAAAAAGGUUGCAUCUGCUGAACCGCCACAGCCUCCACCAGCGAAAAGUUUGAGACAAUCGCGAGGGAGGGGCUUGACCGGGCCCAGAUGGUGUGACUUUGUGUUUGAAAGCUAAGUGGGGCCUCCUCCAUCUUGGGAAAGUGACUGUGGUUAAUCGUGGUGCCUUUGGACGUUGAGCUGACCAGACUGAGCAGCCCACUAAGGUUCAGUCUUACACUCAGCAGUUAUGUAGCAGUCUAACUUAAAAGCUUGAUGUUGCACUAUUUUUAACAAGUUUAAUCCAUGGACUUUUU